GUUCAAGCCUACGUUGACACAAAUGCAGUAUUCAAAUAUGUUUUGCGUUAAUCUAUUUAAAAAGGAAGGCGAAGAGUAAAGAAGGCGAAAAUGGCGCAAGCGAUGAAGAUAAUCCAGGCCUUCAAGGUGAAGGCCGCUCUCGGAAGACUGGCUCGAGCUAAAGAGAACGCUCUUCGGGCAAUGGCGGGACUUCCACCAAUCCGACCAUGGUAUGAGGACUGUUACAUAAGCUGCAUGCGCGGAUUAAAACAAAUGUGCUGUAAGGCAUUUUGCCCGUGUUGCAUUAAACCGUCACGCCCAAGGUUAAAGAAAAUCCCAGUGUCGUGCUGCGGGCGGAUGUUUACAGCAGAUACCUACGAAAAUGAAUGUCUGAAGAAUUUCCUCGGAUUCUUUAGUGGCAUCGCGAUGUCGUUUCUGGUGUACUUACUGAUGGCCCUGCAGAUGAAUCUUCCCUUGCUGACAUCUACGAUCAUAUCAUCCAGCCUCGGUCUGGUGCUUAGCCUCGGUCUGGCAUUCUCGGAGACGUUUCGCUGCGUUGUUCUGUUGAUGCUUCCCUCGUUUUGUUCAAGUAGAGGCCGCUCCUUCCUCCUUAUGUACGCUACCAUCCUCAUACUCAACCACCCCGUCACCAACUUCAACCACAACAUUCUCGUCAUGUCCGAGAGCGCCACCUGUGGGCAAAGUUUGGCACUAAAUGAAACUAGAAAGCUUCUAGAAGAGGCUAUGUCACCUGUCGCGGCUCUCAUAGACGGUAUCAGAGACAUGCUCCGUGCGAUAAGACGAUUUGCCGAGACUAUUCGACAAGCAUUUCUGGCUUUAAAACGAGCUAUUCAGGAAAUAGGCGAAGCUAUUGGAAGAGUCCUAGACUGGCUGAAGUCUAUUGUCAGUAUCUGCAACCACAACAUGGGUGCCCCAUAUCGCAGGUGUAGGAAGUCAUUUGACGAGGCUAUACAAGACUGUCGAAAUAGACUUGGUGUGUUUAAAUUCAUUUGCGAAGUUGUGGAUUGGGUGGCGAAUGUGUGUCAUAUUGCACGUGCAGGUGAACUGUUUUGUCUUGUGACGUCAGAGAUCGCGCAUCACGUGGGACGAACUAUCGGGAAGCCCGUCACGAAGAUCUUAGACAGCAUCCACGACAUGUUCUACUUUAACAUCACGAUCGACUACCACUACAGCCUACAUAUGAAUCAGUCCAAGAGCUAUGAGCAGAUCAAGGAAGAAAUCAUGGAGGAAAUCAAAGGAACGUUAAAUCGUCUCGUUGAUCUCAUCAACGUCGCCGACCACGUCAUGACGUUCAUGGUCACAUUUGUGGUUAUCAAAGCAGUUAUGUACAGAUAUAAAUACAUCCACAAAAGCCAUUUUGACAACGUAUUCAUCACUGCGCAUGUUCAUCGAAUUGACGAGCGGCGUCAGGAGUUGGGACGAGAGACCAUCUUCCCUUUAAUGCCAGAUGAGAAUACGAAAUACGGUCGUGCUUCUUCUCCCAGACUUCUCAGGUCGGAGAAGAUGAAGAUGGCAAAAGGUAUCGUGUUCUGGACAUUUGCUGCAAGUCACGGUUGCUACUACCUAAUGUGCGACUACGGUUUGUACUGGGUCCUGUCUCUCAUCAGAACCCACUUCGAGGUCAAGACCAACUCGGCAAUUCCACCACACACCAAGUUACACGUGCAGGGAGAGGGGGCUAUGGCGGACAUGUACCGAGCUUUGAUAUCCGUCCUUGACCCCGUGUCCGACGUUUACCUUGAUGUGGACACCUCCCACUGUCUGCCAAAUCCGGCGGUGCCGAACUUUGCCAUCUAUGAAAUUGUCGCGAUAAUAUACGGAGUGUGUUUCUUCCUGUCAGUGUCUGAAGCAUACGCCUUGCGCCUGCGUCACGUGAUUGCCGCGUGCUACCACCCAGGUCGGGAGGAACAGAGGGCAGUGUGGUUGUACAAUCAUAUCCUCAAAACCAGGGGUGGUUUCCUCAAAUUUGCCCGGCGGCAAAUACGGCGGAAGUACAUGCAGGACCAGGAUGUUCAGAAGGCGAGCUUCCGGUCCCGACUGGCAGCUCAGUAUCCGCUAUUUAGGAAGCUGUUGAAGUUUCUAGGAUAUGAACGGAAGAUGUGUCUGUUGUGUGGUAAGGAAGGAAAGAAAAAUGAUGAGGAAAAUUUCCUGGAUUGCGUCAGCAGUGGCUGCGAAGCCGUGUACUGCAUCAACUGCUUCGACGACCUCCAGAACAUGUGCACGGCAUGCAUGAACCCCGUGGACUACGGCGACCUCAGUGACGUCAGCGAGGAGAUGGAUUCAAGUGAGGAUGAGGAAGAAAUUGAAAGAAAGAAGAAGGAUGCACUUGAAAGGAAAGAAAGACAAGCACAAAGGAGGGAAGAAAGACGCGCUAGUCGAAUGUUAUUAAGUUUCAAAGAAACACUGAAGGUAUCGUCCACUGUGGAUAUCAGCGAGUCAACGGACAGCUCCAGCUCCAGUUCAGAUGGCAGCUACACUUCUAGUUCUGACGAUGAGGACUACCAUUACCAAUACCAGAAAACAGGAUCAGACCUCGAAGAAUCUGACUCUGACCAAUCAAAACCGUCGACAAGGGGGAGAUCACUCAAAGCAUGACUAUGUCACUACCGAUAUUUUUCGGUCUGGCGAAUAUUCAGACUCGGAGACAGAUGCUUCACUGUCUGAUCCCCUGUUUUCUUCAGACGAGGACGAGUAUGGUCGUCGCUGAAUAUACACUAGUAGUAGUUUU